UUUCAAUCAGUCAGUUUCUAUUUGCACGAAACACAUAUACAUACAUUCUCUCCGAGAUCUUUUAUAAACUUUGUAAAUUCACUCGUUCUAACUAACCUCAUAUCGCCAUGAGUUCCAUCGAAUGGGUCGGUGAUAUGCUUUACUACGUUAUGCGCACCUACCUGGGGUUAACCGCACCCAGUUGCAAUGCACACUUCCUUAUCGAUGUCCUUGGAAAGAUUGAACAUUUUAUAUAUUUCAUCGAAUUUUCCAUGAUGAUAAUGAGGCGGCCAAGAAAUUUCAAGGCUUUGACUGAUAGCCAAGCGAACCGCCUUCAACUAUACAAUUGCCUUUCAAUGUUACGGACUUGGGCAAAAGUGAUAUACGCAUUGGUAUCCGUGCAUGCUUUAAUCCAUAUCAAGACGCAUUACAUAAGUAUCGCGAUAGUGAUUUCCGGCAUCGUCUUGGCCAUCGAUAUGAUCUUCUUGGCAAUAAAUGGCUUACAUGGCAAAAGAACGCUGCGACCCGCGCGGAUUCUGUGGAUUUCGUUGAGCUGUUGCACUUGGGUGCCCGGGAUUCUGAACGAACUGAUCAUCUAUUUGUAUAAUUAAUGAAAGCAAUGGCGAUGUUAGACUUUAUAACUUUCAAAAUUCUUUGUCACAUGUAGCACUUUCAAAAAUAUAGGAAAUAAAGAGUCACACAUCUA